AUGAAGUUCACCAACAUUGUUCUCGCUGCCAGCGCCGCAAGCCUGGCCGCUGCCUACCCCCGGGGACGUGACGUUCUUCCCGCCAAGCAGAGCAUCAAGAAGCGUGGCACUGGCUUCAAGUGGGUUGGUGUCAGCGAGUCUGGUGCUGAGUUCGGCCCGGGUAACACCCCCGGUACUCUUGGAACAGACUACACCUGGCCCGAGACCUCUCAGAUCAAGAUCCUCAGAGAUGCCGGCAUGAAUGUCUUCCGUGUGCCUUUCUUGAUGGAACGCCUGGUCCCCUCCAGCAUGACCGGAACUACCGAUGCCACUUAUCUGGCUUCCUUGAAGACCACUGUCGAGUUCAUCACUGACAGCGGUGCCUACGCCGUCCUCGACCCCCACAACUACGGAAGAUACUCUGGCAGUGUCAUUUCGUCCACCGCCGACUUCCAGGCUUGGUGGAAGACCGUUGCUACUGUGUUUGCUGACAACGAGAAGGUUAUCUUCGACACCAACAACGAGUACCACGACAUGGACCAGACCCUCGUUCUGGACCUCAACCAGGCUGCCAUCAACGGUAUCCGUGCCGCCGGUGCCACCAGCCAGUACAUCUUCGUUGAGGGUAACGCCUGGACUGGCGCCUGGUCGUGGACCGACAACAACGACAAUCUGAAGGAUCUCACCGACUCCGCGGAUAAGAUCGUCUACGAGAUGCACCAGUACCUCGACUCUGACAGCUCCGGUACCUCCGAGACCUGUGUCAGCAGCACCAUUGGAAAGGAGCGUAUCCAGGCUGCCACUGAGUGGCUCCAGACCAACGGCAAGCUUGGCUUCAUCGGCGAGUUCGCCGGUGGUGUCAACAGCGACUGUGAGGCCGCCGUCGAGGGCAUGCUCUCCUACAUGUCCGAGAACAGCGACGUCUGGAUGGGUGCUGAGUGGUGGUCUGCUGGUCCCUGGUGGGGCAGCUACAUGUACAGCCUUGAGCCCUCAUCUGGCCCUGCUUACUCCACCUAUCUCCCUAUCCUCGAGAAGUACUUCGUCUCCUCCGACUCUGCUUCUACUUCCUCUGCUUCUUCUUCCUCCUCUUCUUCCACCUCCUCCACUAAGACCGCCGCCCAGACCUCCACCACUACCGCCGCUGCCAUCGAGGUUACCACCACCCCCAACAGCCAGGUCGAGGUCAUCUCCACUGCCGCCGAGUCCACCACCUCCGCUGCCCCAGUCGUCUCAGUCGCCUCUACCACCACUGCCGCUCCCGCUCCUGCCGCCACCACCGUCACAUCUAUCCCCGUUGACGUCCCAGUCCCCACCUCCGCCCCUACCACUCUUGCCACAGUUACCUCGGUCGCCCAGAGCACCUCCAGCGCUGCCUCUUCCACUGCCUCUGCCUCUGCCAGCGGAGGUGUGGUCAAGCACUACUUCCAGUGCGGUGGUCUUAACUACACUGGCGCCACUACCUGCGAGACUGGCACCACCUGCGUCAAGCAGAACCCCUACUACUACCAGUGCGUUUAA